CCUUCCUACUAUCCUCAUACUCUGUGUAGCUUUGCUUCCUUUACUGACACUACCCAUACCCAAGCGCCUCGCCAGUGAGACGCUUACACCAGGCAUCAGGUGAUCACUGACUGUAUAUGGCUUCCUGUACACCCGGCUUGUAUCAUUGUUCACCCCGCUGCGCUCAAGCAAAGCAGCAACAAAUAAGUCUGUCUUCUGUUCUUUAUCUGCCAUGUCACUCUCUACAUAUUCAUCAUCAUUCUGGCAUAAAUGAAGCGGUCACGCUCUCCUUCUCCUGGGUUUUUAGCCAUAAAGCAACAUAAGCCGCAACAUAAGCCGGUCUUCCCGACCACUUGUCUUACAUCUGAUGCUCUUGAGGAGCACAAUCACAAUACCCCAUCCCUUCCCCCUUGUGCGCUUUUAGAGAUGGCCUCGGUGGAGAGGGCGCACAGUUUAUCAGAUAUCCCAAUAAUACCUCCUCCUUCUACACGCUCUUCACAACGGUCGCGAUCGAGCAGUCCGAUUAGACCCAGUGAUGCACAAUAUCGCGGCGGCCAUCUUCGGCGCGCAAAGAUCUUCGUUGGCGAUGAAAUCCCCCCCAGUAUCAGUCAUUAUGCAGAUACAAGUAUUUUUCAUAAUUUAGCCCACCAUGGCAACGAUCAUCUUCACCAAGUUUCCGAAAAGCUCUGGAGGAAGUCCAAGGAACUGGAGCGAAACCCAUCGGGGGAAGCCGAAUGGACCGAAGCUUUGUACGCAGCCAUCAACGAUUUAAAACCGGCGGGAUUUGAGGCGGUUCGGAACCGAGAUUGGCGUGCAGACUUAAAACCUCCAGUACACAACCCUCGGCCUACCGUUCCACGAAAACGAAGCCAGUUACAUCGUCGACUUUUGCAGGAGAAUGCCGCCACUGACAGCCUCCCCCCUUCGCCGGAUUCCCCACCAGCGCUUCCUGUGUUCAGGCUGAAGGAUCCCCGGCCCGAUAUAUGCGUUGGCCUGUCGGACGACACGCUAGCAGAAGCCCUUGAGCCCGCGAGGGGCCGCGACAUCGCACAAAGCCUCUUGCUCGAUAUGCAAGAUAUCUCGACUCUCAUCAGCGAUCCGCACGUUACCCCCCUGGGCCUUCGUUUCCCCUUUCUGAUAGUCGAGGCCAAGGCCGGUGCCACCGGAGGGAACCUCUACCAAGCCCAGAACCAAGCCGCAGUAGGUGGCUCGGCAGCCCUCCUGAUCCUCCAAGGCCUCUCGGAUCUUCGGGAUCUGAACGGAGAACCCCCAGAUGGCGCCGAAGCCAGCGAUGGGUCCGGUCAAAAAGCAGCAGCUACGUCGUCUAAGUCUAACAUCGUGUUAAACCUAGCGUUUUCUGUCACUACCGAGGGGCCAAUUCACGAGUUCUGGCUGCAUUUUCGAAUGCCCGAAGCAGGAGACUUCCACAUGGUAUGCAUCGGGACCUGGAGGACGACCUUGAAAGACGGGUCGCUGAAUUUCCUACGUCACCUCUCGGCUGUCUUGAAAUGGGGUAAUGGCGAGUUCAAAGAUAAUUUGAUUGGCAUUCUUCAGGAUCUGUGAAGCAAUUUUUAAUGGAUAGAUCGGACAGCAGCUGGUUUUGGCCGCCCUAUCUUAGAUAGAGGCCCUUAACUACUAGAUGGUUUACUGAUAAAGAGUUCGUCUAAAGAAACUACUGGGUAGUAGCCAUGUGGCAUUGGAUUAAUUAGUCUUUUAACUCUGAUUCUUUAUACAUGUGCACAUCACGAAAUAGAAGAGGCUUUCAACUGAACUCGAGUCAUUUCAUUGGAAGCAUAUUAACAGAUACUAGUUAGUUAAUAUUCCCUGACAGGACAGAGCCGCAAUGUGGUUGGAACAGAGGUACCAUAUCUACACUAGUUAGUACCUUGGUAGUAUGAGAAUCACUUAUAGUAAUUUAUAAAAAGAAUGCG